UCACAAGGAUCGUUGAGUGAAUUACUGUCAAAACCGAGAAACUGGGAGAAACUCACUGAUAAGGGCAAGGAAGCAUUCCGUCGUAUGUAUGGCUGGAUUUCGAAUCCACGGGCAAUCGAGUUAUUGUGUGCUGUUGCGCCACGACGAAAUCAACCAAUGGGUGGACCUGAAAAGCUUCGAAGUUUCUGGAACGAUAGCCUGCACAGCAUUAAAUUUUUGUUACAGACGAAGCAACGUGACAAAUUAUCACCGACGAGUGCUAGUAAUGGUGGAAGCGCGAGCAGUCAACGGACCAGUCGUUGGCGACAUGAUGAUAUUCCGAAAGAGAAAAUUAUAACUAUUUAUCAUCGUGAAAUGGCAAAACUCAAGGAACAAGAAUCACAUCUGGAACAUGCAGUCGGCUCCCGUUCAUCACAUCCAAGGAUCAAAGAAGAAAAGUCAGCGGAACCAGCGGAUUCUGUUGCAUCAUCGAUGGCAUCCACGGUAGGUGGAGCAGCGACGGGCUCCAGCUCUCCGUUACCGGUAAAUGUUCCGCUGAAUCCAGCACAAGCACUGUUUGCGGCGAAAUGUCAUAAUGGUUUGUCUCCGAUAACUCAGGAGCAGCUUGAACGUUGUGCACCGCUGGACACCGAAGAUCUUGUCAAACGGGUCAAAGACUUUCUCUCGAAAAAUUCGAUAUCCCAGCGCCUGUUUGGUGAAAAUGUGGUGGGCCUUUCACAGGGUUCUGUUUCGGAUCUGCUGGCAAAACCGAAACCAUGGAUUAUGCUAACACCGAAAGGACGUGAGCCUUUUAUACGCAUGCAACUUUUCCUUAAUGAGGCUCAAUCCAUCGAAUGCAAGUCUGAGACAGGAGAUGGAAUUCAUUUUGAGAAUUUGUUGACUUUUUUAAUGAAAAACUGGGCAUUCUUAAUUGUGCUUUUUGUUAACCGUUUAACAUUUUGA